AUGGCCGACACGAAACUAUCCAGCGAUCACAUCGAGCUGAGCGAGCCUGCAUUCUUCCAGCUCGAUCGUGAUUUGUCUCUCUGGAACUUGUUGCAAAAACAUCGAAGAGCUCUUCUCAUCUGUAGCAUCUCAUUCUCUUCAGCUAUCCUCUUCGGGUAUGACACAAUCGUGAACGGGGCAGGCAUUUCUAUGCCUGCCUUUAUCCUUUACUUCGGCAAGGUCGAUGCUUCGGGGAGUCUGUAUCUUCCCUCUCUCUGGACUUCGCUUUGGACCUCCAUGUCCGCGCUCGCCCAGGCGCUUUCAGCCACAGCAGCAGGAUACUUGGUUGACUAUAUCGGAAGAAAAUGGUGCGGCGUGGCUGGCGGCGUCGUCUCUCUAGCUGGUGCGGCCGUGCAGUACACAGCAACGACAUCUGGCAGCUUACUGGCUGGUAAGAUUGUAAACGGUCUCGGAAUCGGCUUGGCCAUGGCCGUUGGUACAACAUAUGCUUCUGAAGUCGUGCCCCCUAGAUUGGUCCCCGCUAUUCAGAAAGGUAUCGUCAUCUUCAUCCUCUUCAUGCAAGGUGUGGCCAUGGGUAUCAUUCGAGUCUUUGUGCCGAAUAUGGCAGAGCAUGCAUUCAGAACUGUAUUUGCUAUUCAGUUUGGUGUUGCUGCACUGGUGAUAAUUGCUUAUACACUGGCGCCAGAAUCACCUAGCUACCUGAUCAUGAAAGGCCGUCAUGAAAGUGCCAAAAAGACUAUUAGUCUUUUGUACGGCGAGGACUGUGAGCGAGACGAACGCUACGCCUACCUCGUCCAAACCAUCGCCGAAGAAAAUACGCGCCAUUCCGAUCAAGCAAGCUAUCUUGAAUGUUUCCAGGGGACAAAUCUCAAGAGAACCCUCGUUAUGAGCUUUCUUUUCGGCGCUGUAAACAUCGGCGGAGCCCCGUUUCUGUCUCAGUCGAUUUACUUUCUCAUUACGGUGGGACUUCCGGUUGUGCAUAUUUUCGACGUCUCCAUCGGUGGGUUUGCCCUCGCUAUCAUCAUAAUCGUAGCUACUGGGAUUGGAAUGAAGCACAUUUCUCGUGAUAAAGUCUUUAUCGGCGGCUGCGUUAUCAAUUUUGCCGUUAUGUUGAUCGUGGGAUGUUUAUACUACGCCAAAGGGACGGGUCCUACCUGGGCUAUUGCUGUUUUGAUGAAUGUCCUGAUCUCUCUGCAAGCCGCUUUCAUGCAGGCUCCAGGUUGGAGUAUCGCAGCCGAAAUCUCGAGUCUUCGUCUUCGCGCCAAGUCCAUGUCUCUUGGAAUCAUGACCCAGACAAUUACUACCUGGGUUUUCACAUUCACUGUACCCUACAUGUAUAACGUGGACUCGGGUAACCUGGGGGCCCGUACAGGCUUCGUGUUUGCCGGCCUCUCGAUCUUUCUCAUUUGGGGCGCUUUGACUGUUGUGCCAAAUACUACCGGUCUUUCGCCUGGUGACAUUGAUGAUUUGUAUGAAGCGCAUGUGCCGGUUCGACAAUUUGCAAAAUAUCGAGAAGGGCAGGAGAGCAAUGCUUAG